GCUUAAAUGCUAAAAGCUAUUAGUUAGUUUAUUAGAGCCAAGGUUUAAUCCUGCUUUAAACUUCGUUAACAAUUAUUGGUUGUUUAUGCUGAGUGUCGCGUAUCUUGGACUAUGGCCAGAAGGUCGAACUUUUGCCGGUUCAGCUACUAAUUGUCAUUACGACGAAGACCGUGUGCAUGAGUUCAAACCGAUUAAAACGCAUAAAGGAUCACAUUCUGUCUGAAAAUCAGUGCUCAGAAAUGGCCACUCCUGAGGGCAGCCCACUCACCACCCAUGUGCUGAACACUGCAGAGGGCGUCCCAGGGUCCCAUAUGGCCCUCAGUCUGCACCGCCUAGACACCAGCCUGGCAGUCUGGAGCCUUCUGUCCACGGGGGUCACCAACGAUGAUGGCCGCUGUACAGGACUCAUCACUAGAGAGGCUUUCAUACCUGGCAUGUACAAGAUGCGCUUUGAGACUGGAGAGUACUGGGAGCACCGAGGCCAGAAGUGUUUCUAUCCAUAUGUUGAGGUUGUCUUCACCAUAACUGAUUCUACAAAGAAGUUCCAUGUGCCUCUGCUUCUGAGCUGCUUCUCUUACACCACCUACAGGGGGAGUUAGAGAGCAACCUCACUCUUUUAACCUCUCUCUCUAUAUAUAGUAUGGGCAACAGACAAGAAUGAAUAAAUUAAAAGGGCAGACAUGGAUUGUUUUAUGUAGAAACAAACCAAACCAAACAUAAUUUAAUGCUUACUUAAUACUGGGGAAUUUUUAUUGUUAUUACACGAUUUUAUAUAUCUGGUGUGUUUUGUUUCAUUUGGCAUUAAAUAACUACUUAAAUUAAUUAAAGAUUAAUCGUCCUGAAUUAUCUGAUGGAACAUAUUCUUGAAUAAAAUACAGUCUGAUAUAUAUGCUUAA